AUGCCACGACUCAAUGAGAUCAACCUACGCACUAGUGAAAUGACAACAGAAAAAAAAAAUCAAACUAAAAUCAAGCGUGAGUAUAUUAUUUUCAGGGGGCGGAUCAAUCUACACAAUCUCACGAUGGACGACUCAUAUAGUUCCUUUGUUGGUCAACUGAAGCUCAACAUAUUGCUUGUUAUUAUUAUACUAGUUUGUUUCUUGGCCUUUCAUUUCAGACACAAGAUAAUCGAGCUACACGAUAGAUACAGAACACGAUCAAGAAUCGAUAACGGGUAUUACUCAAAUUUGCAAUCAUUUGAAGACGACAUUGCCAGUGGAUUGAGCAGUUCGAAUUUUGAUUUAGAAUCUAACAACAUUGCUACAAAUGACAACCGACCUGGAUUAACGGAAUCUGCAAAAGUACAAAUAAAAAAGAUCAUGAAGGAGAAAGGUGUGAGCUUUGAUGACGCACGGUUGGAAUAUAUUCGGAACGAGCUUAGCAGAAACAAUAUAGACGAGAACGGGGUACCGAACGACCCUAAACUUGUGAUGUUCUAG